GGGAUGCCGCCCGGCAGCCGGAUGCCCAUGGCAGGGCUGCAGGUGGGACCACCGGGAGCACCCCCCUACGGAGCCGCCUCCCCAAUGAGACCGGGCCUGCCGCAGUCGAUGAUGGACCCCUUCAGGAAGCGCCUGCUGACCCCCCAGGCCCAGCCACCGAUGGCCACCCAGAGGAGAGGGCAAGGACAACGAGCAGCUUGCCACCGAGCAAGGACGGUGAAAAGGAGGAAGAUGGCAGACAAGGUCCUGCCGCAGAGGAUCCGGGAGCUGGUCCCAGAAUCCCAGGCCUACAUGGACCUCCUCGCCUUUGAGCGUAAGCUGGACCAAACCAUCGCCCGGAAGAGGAUGGAGAUUCAGGAGGCCAUUAAGAAACCACUGACGCAAAAGCGGAAGCUGAGGAUUUACAUCUCCAACACUUUCACCCCAGCCAAAGAAGAAGGAGAGGGUGGUGAGCGCGUGGCCUCCUGGGAGCUACGUGUGGAGGGCAAACUGCUGGAGGACCCAAGCAAGCAGAAGAGGAAGUUCUCCUCCUUUUUCAAGAGCCUCGUCAUCGAGCUGGACAAGGAGCUGUACGGGCCGGACAACCAUCUGGUGGAGUGGCACCGGCUGCCCACAACCCAGGAGACCGAUGGCUUCCAGGUGAAGCGUCCCGGCGACGUCAAUGUGAAAUGCACGCUGCUGCUCAUGCUGGAUCACCAGCCACCACAGUACAAACUGGACCCGCGCCUGGCUCGCCUGCUCGGGGUGCACACCCAGACCCGCGCCAGCAUCAUGCAGGCGCUCUGGCUCUACAUCAAGCACAACAAGCUGCAGGACAGUCACGAGAAGGAGUACAUCAACUGCAACCGCUACUUCCGCCAGAUCUUUAACUGUGUCCGCAUGCGCUUCUCUGAGAUCCCCAUGAAGCUGGCGGGGCUCCUGCAGCACCCAGACCCCAUCAUCAUCAACCACACCAUCAGGUGGGCUCUGGGGGGUGGAGGGGCAGGGUACCCCGCACCGGGGUGUAGGAUUGGGAGGGGGCAGGGGCUGCAAGGUCUCCAGCCUAAAGCAGCAAUUCACGAGACCAUUGAAUCCAUCAACCAGCUGAAGACGCAGCGUGAUUUCAUGCUGAGCUUCAGCAACAACCCGCAGGAUUUCAUCCAGGAAUGGAUCAAAUCCCAGAGGAGGGACCUGAAGAUCAUAACGGACGUGAUCGGGAACCCUGAGGAGGAACGGCGAGCUGAGUUCUACCAGCAGCCCUGGGCGCAGGAGGCUGUGGGC